AAUUUGAUUUGGUGAAAUGGUGCUACCAGAGAAAGCAGAAUAAACAAACAGAAUAUAGUCGAUACACAUUAUACAAACAGACAGUACACCAGCUAGGGUGUUUUCUUCAAACAGUCGAGAUGACGGAUGCAAGGUGAGUUGAGUACCCAGCUACAUGUUUCCUUGUUCAUUGAUGUUACACUCAACUGCAAGGAACCAUAAUUGUGUAGAAUGAAAACACCUGCAUACAUGUACCAAAGCCAUUUGUGUCAUGAUGAUUAUAUUUCAUAACAGCUCUGAACCAGCUGGAACCAUCAAGGCCAUUGACAGGCACUCUGUGCAUCAGAUCUGCUCUGGACAAGUUGUGUUGACCCUGGCCACAGCUGUCAAGGAACUGGUUGAGAACAGUAUUGAUGCAGGGGCCACCAAUGUAGGUAAGUGCUUUGCAAAUACUGUACUGUAGAUCAACUGUGGAGGUAGUAUGGUUUUUGUUUUGGAAAUGCAUGUUGUUGAUGUUGCACAGAUCCCUAAUAUGGAGAGUUGUUUCCACAUAUUUGUAGACAUUAAAUUGAAGGACAGCGGAACAGAGCUUGUGGAAGUGUCUGACAACGGCAAAGGAGUGCAAGAGGCUAAUUUUGAAGGACUAAGUGAGUAACACCAUUUAUCUGCCAAUUGUAUGUUUGUAUAUUGCAUACUGUAAUAUACUGUAUUUAUAGGAUACUGUACUCAGGCCCUUGAUUUCAUCCUCCUGCCCACAGCCUUGAAGCACCACACAUCGAAGCUGAAGGAUUUCUCUGACCUUAUCCACGUGGAAACAUUUGGCUUCCGAGGGGAAGCCCUCAGCUCUCUAUGUGCCCUCAGGUAAAGCUGUGUUCUAUCUCUAUAUCUCCUGGAUGGAUGGAGAGUAUAACGUAAUUGUCCUUAUUCCAAGAGUCAGAUGCAAGUUCCCAACUCUCCUCUGCAGUAUUAUCAGCUGACCUCCUCUCUUCCCUCCCCAGUGACCUCAAUGUUGUGACCUGUCAUGAGGCUGCCCAGGUGGGCACCAGGCUGGUGUUUGACCACAACGGUCACCUGACCCAACGGUCGCCCCACCCCAGGCAGCAGGGCACCACGGUCAGCCUGUCGCAGCUCUUCUACACCCUGCCCGUCCGACACAAGGAGUUCCAACGCAACAUCAAGAAGGUCAGUUAUUAUUAGUCACUAGUCAGUCAUAUUCGUUUUAGUCUAGACUGAGUGGUGUGUCAUGCUGUGUUUGGACAGUACAUUACUCAACCACAACAACACAGCUGACUAGAAGAACAACUCUCCUUUAAAAGGAAUGUUCAACACACUACUUUAACUGGUUGUAUUCUACUGGUUGUAUUUUCUUCAGAACUGGUGUAGGGAAUGCAUAAAGUAUUGUGCUCUCUCUUUGUAUGUGUGCAGGAAUACACCAAGAUGAUUCACGUGCUCCAAUCCUACUGCAUCAUCUCUACAGGGGUUCGUAUCACAUGCACCAACCAGACGGGACAGGGCAAACGCACCCCGGUCCUCUGCACCAGCGGCAGACAAAGCAUGAGGGACAACAUUGGAGCCAUAUUUGGCCCCAAACAGUUGCAGAGUCUGCUUCUAUUCCAGCAGCUCUCCCCUACAGACAACAUCAAGGAGGACUAUGGACUGAAUAACGCAGACCUACCCAAAAACCUCUUCACAAUCUCCGGUUUUGUGUCGCGAGGGGAUCAUGGUGUCGGGAGAAGUGCCACAGACAGACAGUUCUAUUACAUCAACAACCGACCGUGUGAUCCUUCUAAGGUGUCCAAGGUUGUGAAUGAAGUGUAUCACACGUUUAACAGACAUCAGUAUCCAUUUGUUGCAUUGAACAUCACUGUUGCCUCAGAGUGUGUGGAUGUGAACGUCACUCCAGACAAGCGUCAGAUCUUCCUCCAGGAGGAGAAGCUCCUGCUAGCAAUCAUGAAGAGCUCUCUCAUCGCCAUGUAUGAGACUGAAGUCAACAAGAUCAGCCUCAACCACAUGUCCUUCUCCACCAUCAGUAAACACACUUUACAAGAUUCCUACAGACUAGCAGAGCCUCCAUCUGAUAUGGAAGGAUGCCAGGUUCCAUCAUCUGAGACGGCUCCUGAAGCUGGAGAUGAUUCAGAGUCUGUGAUACCAAGCCCCCGGUCAUCUCUCAACCUGGCUGAAUUAAAGGCUGCUUUCUCAAUGCACAACAGCCCAGGCAGUGGGUCCAAGUCGAACACUACUAAAGCUGCCAACACUGGUCCAACGCAGAAGAAGCUGCAGUCUUUCUUCGGAGGCUCUGAGAAGAGUCAGAAAACACACAGGCCAAGUUUACAAUCUCCUUUGAAAUCCAGUCAAGGUGCAGUGAAAUGUUCUCCUGUGGGGAGGUCUGUGCUGGAAGGGUUCCGGUAUGGAAGGACGCAGGACAGCGACGUAGACUCUGGCAGAGAGAGCGUCCUGUCGGAGCACAGCUCCCCCACAGCCACCCCAGAGAGCCUCUAUGCUACUACAGGGUCAGAGUUGAACUCGCCAGACAUCACAGUAGAUGACGAAGCCAGUAUAAAAAGCGAGGCACUCAAUGAACCUUUGGACGAGGAAAGCACAGUUGCUAGGCACUUUGACCGGCAGAUUGAACCACAUGUUUCAGAGAAGUCUGAGGAGAUGAGCUUCAGUCCCAACACCAAGAAGGCCAAACUAGAGGAUGACCAGUUCUCCUCAGAGAACAAGACCACACAUUCAGCUGGUUCUGAAGGAUCCUCUGGGUCUAAUGUGGACGCCCCAUUCUGUGUACAGAAGAGGGCAGUGCCACUGCAGUUCUCUGUACAGGAGCUGAGUGGGAGGGUGAGAAGGCUGCAGGAACAGCGUAGAGAGAAGGCUGAAGACGGUCUGCGCUACAGACGCUUCAGAGCCAAGAUCAGCCCUGGAGAGAAUCAGAGUGCUGAGGAUGAGCUGAAGAAAGAGAUAUGGUGGGAAUUGAACUGCUAUUUUUGAUUAUUGUUGGUUAAUUGUAAGGACUAUUUUUUCCUGACUACUAUGUCUGACCAGGAAAAACUAGCUUCAUAAAAGCAAGUGGCACAAUUUCAUCUUAUUUUUUAAUUGCAUUUCUGAACCAAUUUUUAGGUGCACGUUGCCUUUGUCAGGGUUGACAUAACAUAACAAUAUGAUUAUAUCCCGUUUUUAAGUCUGUUGAAAUGUUCCCAUCUGUAAUCCCCACAGCAAAGACAGUUUUAAGGACAUGCAGAUAAUCGGCCAGUUUAACCUGGGCUUCAUCAUAACUAAGCUCAACUCUGACAUCUUCAUGAUCGACCAGCACGCCACUGACGAGAAGUACAACUUUGAGAUGCUUCAACAACACACCGCACUGCAAGGACAGAGACUCAUUGUGUAAGGAAUCACUGACGUUCACCACCACUUUUAUAUAGUUAACUUACUCAUUUUGUGUUAUAAGUAUUUUUUUUAUGGUGUUUUCAGUCCACAGAAUCUCCACCUCACAGCAGUCAGCGAGAACGUUCUCAUGGAGAACCUUGAGAUCUUCAGAAAGAACGGCUUUGAUUUCCUCAUAGAUGAGGAGGGUAAGUAAAAUAGAAAACAACACGCUCACUCAGUCCUAUAUUUAGUGGGGUAAAAUAUACCCUGCCAUAAGAAAUUAGAAUAGCACUCUUUCAAAAUAGCAUGCAUGGGUAUGGCUCCUAUCUGUUUUCUGAUUCUGAAUUCCAUUGCGCUCUGUGUUCCAGCCCAGGUGAUGGAGCGGGUGAAGCUGGUGUCCCUGCCCACCAGUAAAAACUGGACGUUUGGUCCGGGGGACAUCGAGGAGCUCAUCUUCAUGUUGAGUGACAGCCCGGGGGUCAUGUGUCGGCCGUCUCGUGUCAGGCAAAUGUUCGCCUCCAGGGCCUGCAGGAAGUCGGUGAGUGUCUGUUUAUAUGUUUUUAUAAUGUAUUCAUGUGAUUGAUUUGUUGUCCAUGACUUGUGAUUUAAUGAGCUAUAUGAUUUCAGCACUAAAUAAGAAGUGUUAGUACAAAUGCACCAGUUAUAAUGUAUGUUAUGCAGUGAUUGAAAGUGUAAAUGUUUGUUUGGUAUUUUAGACAUACUUUUGCACUAGUUUUCCAGCGACACAAUUUUCAUUUGAGCUCUGGUCCAAUGAUGCUAUGUACUCUGUCUCCCACGUAAGGUGAUGAUCGGUACUGCUCUGAGCACGAGUGAGAUGAAGAAGCUUGUGGUUCAUAUGGGGGAGAUAGAGCAGCCGUGGAACUGUCCACAUGGCAGACCCACUAUGAGACACCUUGCUAACUUGAACAUCAUCUCACAAGACUGAAGUUUACAUUGGUUUCUCAACUCAGCUGGACCGGCUCAAAGAGAUAUACUGAAUACCUCUCUAAACAGUGUUGGCCUGCUCUUAUAUAUCUGAAUAGACACAAGGUUGCUAACUCAUUAUGUAAAAUCGAGCACUGUUAGAUUAUUUUUAUUGUCAAAUAAAUAUGGACUGAAGAAAAAAAUAACGUUUUACCAAUUUAACACUGCAUGUUCAUGUUCAGCCUUCAUAGUUUUAUAUUUCUACAAAUUUCAUUUUUAAGUAUGCAUUCAAUAAAAUAAUCUAAAC